ACGUGCACCGACCUGCGGAGCGCGGACCUGCGCGGCGCGAACCUGUACCGCGCGACGCUGAACAACGUCGACCUCUCGGGCGCGAAGCUCGACGGCGCCGACCUGAGGUAUGCCACGCUGCAAGGCGCCGACUGCCGCAGCGCGGACUUCCACAAGGCGAGCCUCAGGGCGGACCUCUCCUCUGCCAACCUCUCCUCCACCGACGCCUCCGAGGCGUUGUUUACGGAGGCGGUGCUCUGGCGGACGGACUUUACACGAGCCAACCUC